GCUCGAGCCAUCGCGCAAGUCGGCUGCGUCCUCGCGCGUAAGGUCACUUCCUGGCCGUCGCUCCUCUGUUUCUUGACGAUUUGGGUGCCGGUGGCCGAGGAGAGUCUGUCUGGCGUCUGGCUGUUCCUGGCCCCCCCCCUGCUCCCUUCUCGUGGCUGGCUGGCCGGCCGUGGCACCAGCCAGAGCCACCGCUGGGCGAUGCAGAAGGCCCCCAGCCAGCGCCAGGCGUGGGUGCAGAGGAUCCUGCAGGCGCAGAGCAGUCGGGCCCCCGAGGAGGUGGAGGCCGCGAGGGCGCUCGCGGAGACCGCUCGGCAGCGCGAGGCCUGCGCCCGGAAGUGCAAGGCCGUCCGGGGCCUCGCGGUGCGCAGCCGCGCCCUGGCCGCGGAGGGCCUGCGGCAGAUGGCCGAGGCCGAGGCGCCCGAGGAGUUCGCUGGCGUGCAGGAGCGCUGGAGGUCCGCGCAGCAGGCUCGUGAGAGACGAAAGUGCGCAUCCGUAUCUGCGGUGCGUGGUCUAAGAGAAGGCAAGCGCAGCGUGGGCAUAAGCUCUGGGAGGUUCGCCUGCGUUCCUUAUGUUGGUGCUGGAUCCCAAUGGCGGAGCCUCCAGCGCCGCCCCCGGCGCGCACCGGAAGGGGGGUCCAGCGUCGACCCAAAAGAUUUGUGCGGACCUCCGAAAAUUCAUGUUCUCGCCGCUGCAACUUUGAUUUUCCAUAUCUGUGACAGGUUCUCGCCCCCUCGACGCGGCGGCGAAGUCCUCGAGCUGAUGAUUUUCGCCUGUUCUGGGGCUGCGGGGGUCCCGCCUCGUGGCCGCGGCUGGACGCGGCUCGAAAAGUUGGUCAGAAUGGCGCAUGGGAUUGGUCCCGGGAUCGAUUCUAAACGAACGUGGCGCUCGGCAGGUUGGGACCGACAGCGGAGGUCGUUAGAGACUGAACGGUUAACGCGGUGCCAGAAAACAGGGCUCACGUCGUCAAGGUAAGAGCCUGCCGUAUCCACGACGCGUCGUCGUCGCGGUCAGGAUUCUCCGUCCGGGAUCCCAUGGCUGUGCUGGUAAGCUCCGCCGUUGCUCGUCGCGAGUGCGUCGAGCGGGGCGCAUCGUCCAUGGGAUCGCGUGCGGGGAGGUGUCGAGGGCCCGGCAGAUGAAGAAGUGCAAGCAGCUGGGGAAAGACCCUCGCCCUCGCACGCCGCGGUCCCGCAGCCGCAGCGCCUCCUCGUCGGGCUCCGCCGGCUCCGCGGCCUGCGUGCUCCGUGCCGCUUCCGACUCCGAGGAGGACGCGAUGGCUGAGGCCGCGGGCCUGGUGGGUGCCUCGGACGCAAAUGCGAUGGCCGCCACGGGCGAGGCGGGUCUGGCUUUGGCCCCGUUGCCCGCGUCCAGCGCACCUCAGCCCAACUCGCCCUGCCCUGCUGUAGUAGGCGGAGCACGGGAGGAAUCUGCUGCAACCGACGUGCAAGUUCUGCUGCAGCAGCUCAGCGUCGAGCCCGCAGACGCUAAGGAGUGCGCCGCUAAGUUCUUGCUUUACGAAGGUUAUGGAGAGGAAGUGGAGGGCAUGCGCAGUACGCUCUUGCAUUUCUACGAGGAGAACAAGCCGACGCUUCCGCCUGCCAUCGUGACGGAUAUGGACCACCUGGUCAGGGGCAUCGACAGCGAGGACGCCAUGCGCAUACCCGACGAGACUCGUGAGUGGUUCGUCUACCACAUGAUGCGCCAGGCGGUGCAGAACAACCUGAAGAUGGCGUCGAUUCUCGACGGCAUGGCGAAGAAGCUGAAGUUCCUCGCCGCAAACCACCAGGUCGAGUGCCCCGUGUGUCUGGAAGCAUUCGGCGAAGGUGUGAAGGGGCCAGAGACGCUAGGGUGCUGCCACAAGGUGUGUAAAGAUUGUUGGCAUCAUUGGGCGAAGGUCAUGCGCGGCCAGCCCUUCUGCCCUCUUUGCCGCCACGAGAAGUUCCUAGGGACGGUCGCAGCGCAAGCCUCUGCAGAGCCCAAUAGCGGGCAGAGCAGCGACGGCGAGGGCGCGGACGCUGACGGCGAGUAGGGGGCGGCAUUGCGGCAUGUUAUGCGCCAGGUCGGGGGGCUGCCAUGUACAGCAGGAUGGUGCCUCCGAGCUUCUCCGCAGGCCGAGCGGUUGUAGGGCCCUGUGUGAACGCGGUUCCGUUUGAAAACCUUCGAACAACAGUUGGUGUAUACUUUGGUGCGCCCCGUGUAUCGCUGCGGGGGGCGCCGUUCAGUGGUUCUACAGGGAUUUGUCCACAGCGUUGUUUUUCAAAAGCACUGUCGCGCUGCCAUGAGAGUGUUUCUUGAUUGCUUGGGGCAUGCGGCAUGACGGGCGUCAUGGCCCCCGCCCCCCCCCCUAUGACGUAACGCUCCCCCCCCCCAGUGCGCUCCGGGCACUACCGC